AACUCGUCGUCUUUCCACAUGUUCCGCACUCUCCUUCUCUUCCUCUUCUGCCCAACGGCCACACUUCUUCUUGCAAGUAGCAGUGAUGUCAAUUUAAACAUUUCAUCUGUGUUUAAGGAUUGCAAUAGUAGCUGUGACACACGCUUAACAGCAAGUAAUAGCGAUGAUUCUCCCAACGUGCUACGAUCACUUGAGGAAAAUGUAACAGCAACAGCAAGAGCAAGAGCAACAGCAACAACAACAGGACCAGGAACAGCAACGGCAACGGCAACUGCAAAUGUAACAGUUGUCUCACCAUCAUCACAAUCAAGACCACGACAAUCAACAUCGCCGCCAUCUAUAUCAAUACAACCAACACCAUCAACAUUUUUAUCACCACCACCAUCAACUUCUUUAUCGCCAACUCUAUCACCGGCACGGGUACCAACAUUUUCAUCACCAGCAACACAAUCAAUACUAAUACGAGCGUCAGGUAACCACCAAUUUUGGAAAAGGAAAGUCGUUAUAGGGGUUGCAAGUGCUGUAAUGGGAGGAUUCAUGAUAUGCAUCAUAAUUUGUUGCUUUAGAUACAAGUUAUUAACCCAACCAAUCAAACUUUGUUCGACCACAAAGAGUGAUCAAGACAUUGAAGCAUUCUUAAAAAAUAAAGGAGCUGUAGCACAAAAAAGAUACAAAUUUUCAGAAGUCAAGAAAAUGACCAAUUCCUUCAAAGUUAAACUGGGUCAAGGGGGUUUUGGUGCCGUAUACAAAGGACAGCUAGUCAGUGGUUGUCCUGUGGCUGUAAAAUUAUUGAACUCAUCCAAAGGAAAUGGUGAAGAAUUUAUCAAUGAGGUUGCUACCAUCAGUAGAACCUCUCAUGUUAACAUUGUGACCCUUCUUGGAUUUUGUUUGGAAGGCCGCAAAAAAGCUCUCAUCUAUGAGUUUAUGGACAAUGGUUCCCUUGAAAAGUUUAUUUACAAAAAAGGGUCACAAACCAUUGUAUCUUUGAGUUGGGAGAAUUUGUGUCAAAUCUCAAUAGGGAUUGCUCGAGGGUUGGAGUACUUGCAUAGGGGAUGCAACACUCGAAUUCUACAUUUUGACAUAAAACCACAUAAUAUUCUUUUGGAUGAGAAUUUUUGCCCCAAGAUAUCAGAUUUUGGGCUAGCAAAGCUCUGUCCCAGAAAAGAGAGUAUUAUUUCCAUGUCAGAUACUAGAGGGACAAUGGGGUAUUUAGCACCAGAAAUGUGGAAUAGACGUUUCGGUGGAGUUUCACAUAAGUCUGAUGUUUAUAGCUAUGGGAUGAUGUUGCUAGAAAUGGUAGGAGGGAGGAAGAACAUUGAUGCUGAAGCCAGUCACACAAGUGAGAUAUACUUCCCGCAUUUGGCAUACAAGAGGCUUGAGUUGGACAAUGAUUUAAGAACAGAUGAGGUUAUGACCACGGAAGAAAAUGAGAUUGCAAAGAGAAUAACCAUAGUGGGUUUAUGGUGCAUUCAAACAUUUCCAAAUAAUCGACCUACAAUGAGUAGAGUGAUAGAAAUGUUGGAAGGCAGCAUGAAUUCUUUGGAAAUGCCACCAAAACCUAUGUUUUCUUCUCCUACUAGAUCGGCAACUCCUCUUGAAAUUAGUUGAAUUGCAUUUUGAGCAAGUCUGUCAAGUUAUAUUGUAAAACGGAUCACUGUACCUUUUUUUUUUUUUGUACUUUUUAAUCGUCCUGAAAAUCAAAUGGAUCUCACAUACGUGAUAAA